CUUCACUGCAGUGAGUGCCUGUUCGGGUAAUACCCAACUCCACGGCAGCUUCAACACAUACACUGUAGUCUUUACGAUAAAAUGCACCUUUACCAGCACAUCGCCCUUGCCUGACACGGGCACACGGGUGGGUAAUUACGUCACCUGCGCGGCUUACGCUUUCUGCCGUUUUCCACGACCUACAUCAUCAACCAAAAAUGUCAACGCUCGAUACGCUACCACUCGAGAUCAUUUUCCAUAUCUUCGAUUUCAUCUCAAGCCCUCAUGAUCCAAGCUCAUCCGCAUCUCAUCCACUCAACAGCCUUGCCGCGACAAGCAAGCACUUUGAUUCGGCGGUGGAAGAGUACACACGUGCUCUGCUCAAACAACAUGCCAACUUCGCACCCCAAAAGAAGUCGAAGAUCUACACAAGCCGGAAGAAGUGGUUAGCAGAAACCUGCCAACUCUGCUACAAGAAAAGUAAAAGGCGAUCAACGCUUUGGUCCAGUUUGACAUGCUGUCUGGCGUGUGAUAAGAAAUAUUUUCCGAAAGUAACCAUGACCAAUGCCAUCAAGCAAUAUGGCCUUUCAAAGCUUGACAUAUUCACACCAAACCGCCUACAUCCCACACUCCCACCUCUGGCACAUGGGGAAUAUCCAGUCAUGGGCGGUGUCGCCACCAUGAUAUACGAGCCAGAUCUCAUCGCGCGACGAGACCACAUUCACGGUCAGCUCAGCGCCAUGGACAGAGCCGAUGCGCAUUUGCGCAAACGUGUCAGGCGACAUGACACACUGAUGGCGCACAUGGAAGCUGCUUAUUCGACCGCUCGCAAGAUAUGGUAUCGAAGUCCACGAUUUCAGAAGGAAGGGGAAGUGAAGUUGGGAAGAGCAAGCAUGGAGACACGAGAGAGCCGGGAUGAGUUCGUGCGGAAAGGUCUUGCACAUGAGCGGGCUGCGAUUCGCAUGAAAGGUGCCUCAGAGGAGACCGCGAUUGAGCUCGAUUGACUGGCUUCUUUCACAUUGACAGGCGGGCUUUUGCCGGCUCAUCGAAUGAAGUGU